GACGCCCUCGUUAACGAGAAACUCUUUUACAUUAAAGAAAUAAAAAAAUGUGAACACAGAUUUAGAUUUUUCAAAAUCCUCCAUAGGUUGCAGUGAAGAUAACAGAAAUUCACGGGGAGAAAGCGGCGAUCGUGCGACGAAACUGUCAGCGCGAAGUCUCCACGUUGAACAAACUGAACCACCCAUGUAUAGUAAAAAUACACGAAGCGUUCAAGGCGAAAGACACUUGUUGUUUAGUUAUGGAAUAUGUGGACGGCGGAGACUUACUGACGUUUGUACGAGAGAAAACAGAAGGCAAGUUAGUUGAAGAAGAUGCGAGGUGGUAUUUUGAACAGAUUGUCUCCGUUGUCGAUUAUCUACAUCACCGACGUAUUGUGCAUAGGUAAGUGAAUAAUAGCCUGCGUAUCAGGUGUUUAUUUGCGGGUGGCGGCGGGCGGUGCCGGCCGAGGAAUAAUUGUAGUUGCAGUGGUUAACCCUUUAAGUGGCAAUGGGCCCAGAUGCACCCUACUUUAUUAUAUUAUUUCUGUCUAACGCCAGAUUAUUUUACUCUGCCUCACGCCAGAUUAUUUUACUCUGUCUAACGCCAGACCAUUUUACUCGUCAGGGGGAGUGCUGCCCCUCAAUGGGUCAAUCAGACUCUGCCCAUGCACCCUGUUAACCCUUUAAGUGGCAAUGCGCCCAGUUGCACCCUACUUUAUUAUUUCUGUCUAACGCCAGUUUAUUUUACUCUGUCUGACGCCAGACUAUUUUACUCGUCCGGGGGGGGGGGUUCUUACUGUGAUUCGUAGGGAGAUUCUUACUGUGAUUCUUAUGGAGAUUCUUAUUGGGAGAUUCUUACCGUGAUCACAGAAACUUUGAUAGUGUAAACAAAGCCUUUAGACCCAGUAACGAUCGUUACUCAAGGGAUUAGACUUCAAUUAUUAAGCUCUUUGUCACGUCUGUGAAGACAACUUGGGGAGUGUUUUAAUAUACGAGUCCUGUAUGUAUGGCUGGUCUUCCUAGGCGAGACCUAGCAUGCUAUAUAUUUGAAAUUUAAAUAGAAAAAGGAUAGAAAGGCUGGCCCAUCUAGGCGAGUUCUCGCCAAUGACUACCGCAGAUCUGGCCUAGUAUAUAGGCCUGCAUGAAAGUUUUCCAAAUAGGCUCACAGGUGGAAGGCUGAAUCUGUAAGUGAAACUCAGUAAACACUCGUCGUAUCAUUAGUAUCAUACUCGGCCUUUUCAUGUCUUCGAUGUGCACAUAUAUUUAAUUUGCACUGCAAAAUAUAAUUUUGAACUUAAUGAGAAAAAUAAUGUGCGAAAUCCAUUUAAUGUUGUUUGGGAAAGCGAGCCACUCUGUGAAUACCACCUGUAAUAACCUUGUUAAGGUCAAGCUAUAUCAGUUCUGGCUCGCCUCCAUCAUUUAUGAGGUGUAAAUGUCAUCCUAAUGAUCCCAAAUGAUAAACUUAAUUGCCUGUUUCUGUGCCAAAAUUUGGAUGCACCACCGACAGAUUGCAUGCUUGAUUAAACAUUAAGGGAAAACCCAUGUGAGCACGUGGCCAGGGAUUAGUGUUUCCGGGCGAUGUUUGUAACCACGUGUUGAUAUUUGCAUUAAUAUUUAGAUUGAUUGCUUAAGUUAAGCUAUUACCUGCUAUUACAUAAUAUCACUAUUGUAGAGGUGUAUUGAUCCAAAAAUCCUCCUACACUUCUUCCAAAAUCCUCAAAAUCUUCUAAAAUUAUCCUGAAAUCCUGCUAAAAUUUGUUGCAAAAUUCCAACAAAAUUCCUAAAUUUGCCAAUAAAUCUCGAAAAUAUGGAAUCCUUGAAAGUCGCAAAAUCUCUUCCAAAAUCACUCUAAAAAAAUUUGAGGGCCGAAAGUUUGGAAAAUAAUCCCCGAAUCUCUGGAUAUAUUGAAGUGAUUUUGAGAGCAACACACCUCUGGUUUUCAGAGCAAUACACCUCUGAUGCAUGCUUACGCAUGACCUAUUCACGUUACAAGGCUACACAGUGUAAAAAUCUCACAGAUUGUUGACAAAUCUCGAACAAGAUUGUUGAGGUCAACAGACUCGCAACAAGUUGUUUCAACAAGUCUGAUUUAUGACAACAAGUAGCAACCUGUUAUGAACAACCUGUAUUAGUCUUAUUGGAACAACUUGUAGCAAGUCUGUUACCGUCAUCAACUUUGUAACAAGGUGAUAACAAUUGUUUCAGACUUGUGUAGUAAACGGGCAAUUACUGCCUCUUCCGCACGUUCGAGAGUCUCCGCACCACGAAAUACAACUUUUUCAUAGUAUUGUAGUUGUUUGUAUAAUGGUAAAUUUACUGUUACAACUUUUAAAAGUCGCUUUUCACGUUGUUUGAAUUGUCUUGAAUCUCUCACGAGGGCAGACAGUACCCCAAAAAUGGCGGAUUUUGGCCUUCGUGAGAAAGCCUAAUUGAACGCAUUGUCGGGUGAUGUUAGCCUGAGAUGUUGGAUCGCGUUUGACCUUGUUUGAAAUUUGACAAUUACGUUAAUGAGAUUGAUCAUCGUGUGCACGCAGCCUCGUGCGCGCGCUUACCAGUGCGUGAAGCGUGUCAUUAAACACGUGUUGGAUAAGCGUACCGCGGCGAUGCUCACAGCUUGAAAGCUAUCUUCCUAUUUUAUCAUGGUUAUAUUUAGAACAUGAUUUUCUGGGAGUGGACAGAAAAUGAUACUGAAUUACUAAAUGACUCGGUGGUCUAGUCUAGGUAGUAACCUGUGAACUUCUGAAUAAUUUUGAAUAAUUUUUCUGUCUUGUCAAUUACCAGAAUAUGCAACAGGAAACCUAAACUAAAUUAACUUUAUUGAUACUGGAUAGCUGUAUCAACUGUUCUCCCUAGAGGUUCAUAUUGAUCAAGUGUUACUGCAUGAGAACACUGGAGUACACACAUAAAAACGCACAAGUUGUAGCAAGUCUGCAAACAAGAUGUCACAAGUCUGUUCACAAGCUGUCAGCAAGUUGUGUUCGCAUUGCUUGUUCCCAGUUUGUUGUAACAAGUUUGAAACAAGCUGUUAACAACUUGUAGCAAUCUUGAUGGCAUUAUCGUCAACACAAGGUUGUAACAAUCUUGUUAUAUCAAGCAUGUAACGGACUUGUCAGAACAACCUUGCAACAAGUCUGAUAAGUUCGACAAGGUUGUUUCAAGGUGUCAACAAGUUGUUCCAAACCUAUUGACAAUUUGUGAGAAGCAGUGCGAAUACAUCUUGUUGACGGCUUGUUGGCAGACUUGUUACAAGAUGUGAUAUUUUUACGCGUGUACUUGGAGAAGACCUAACCGUUGUGUCAUAAAUACUACCAUCACAAAUUACUAACCGGCUUAAUUAAUAAAAAUAAAGAAUAUAUUAACCACAUUCUAGCACGUGUAUUUUAUUGGUGCGUCGCCUUGAUAAUUGAUGAAUAAACAUUCAUAAUCAUUACGUAUAACCUAUAUGCUGUUGUGUAUUUGGUUAUAUAUAGAUUGUAGUGACUUAUAAUGCAAGGACCAACAAUCAAUAUUUUACUUUCAAGUCUUUUCUCAACAAUUUUUUACUAGGGAUUUGAAAAUGGAAAAUAUAUUGUUGCAAGGAGCUGACAAAAAAAUGGUUAAAAUUAUCGGUGAGUUAUCGGAAUUACCUUUUUUUAUAUUUGGUGAAUGGGGUUUGAUGUAUAUACAAAAAGAAGCUUAGUUAAACUGCCUACCAAACAGUAUCGUAUACUCGCCAUUUUUAGCAAGCUGCAUAAUUUGUAUAUAUAAUUCUUGUUGUUAUUAGAUUUUGGUCUCAGCAAUGUUUUCUCCAAGGGAGAAUUUCUUAGCACGAAAUGCGGAUCACCGGAAUACGCGGCGCCGGAACUCUUUCGAAAAGACUGUAAAUAUGGCACAGAAGUUGACGUCUGGAGUUUGUAAGUAUGAAUAUAUUUGAUGAACCCUUUAAGUUGCAUUGCGCCCUACUGUGCUAUUUUACUCUGUAAAUUUGAUUUUGCUCGUGCUGGCGUUAAAUGGGUUAAGACAAUAUAUUAUACCAUGCUGUUUCUGGUUUCUUUUAUAAUUCUAUAUUUAUCAUUUUUAGGGGGAUUAUAUUAUAUGGAAUGUUAAUUGGCCAGCUUCCGUUUAGGUAAGGAAUGGAUAUACCUAAAAAUUUGCAUAAUAUUAGCUCAAAAUUAACAGAAUUUUCAAAAUUCUUGCUAUGGGAAAUAGCGUGAAUAUACUAGGGAUUUAGUGGUUCACUGUUUUUUUUUGUUUACCAGUGUUAUCCUCCUUGCAUUCGUGUUUUACCUAUUGCCAUUGAUGAAAUUAGGAUUUUGUUUCUUCUGUAGAAAUGGUAAUUAUGGAAAAUUGGUCGGUCUGAUUUCGAAAGGACUAACCAGCGUUCAUCAGGAAAAAAUGAAGAAUUUAAAUGCAGGUAUGUUACUGUUUACAUCACAGAAUCGUCUUCAGAAAAACGUGAAGGGAAAAUAUCCAAGGUCACUGUUGAGGGACUCAUAUUCUAGGGGAGUCGAUCCGGGGUCUUUAAAAACGUUUGGUUUUUGUGUACUGGACCAAUAAACAUAGACGGAUUUUCAGAUUUUGCUUCGGGGGGGGGGGGGCGAAAUUUAGGGGGGUUGAGUGACGGGGUGCGUUGCGCCGCUGAACAAGCUGCAGCAACGGUGUGGGGGCACAGUUGCUAAUGGGGGUAAAGGGACGAAGCUCAGGAAAUUUUGAGAUUUUUGGUCUUAUUUAGUUCAAACUCCUUGUUUUUAGUCUUACUUAGUUCAGAAUCUGUAUUUCCAUCACACUACUGUCAUUUAUCCCAAUGAGCAUUUAAUUUAUUUUUUGGGGGGUGGACCUUCUAUUGGUAGGGUGGGGAACAUUUUUUUUUGGGGGGGGUGCAAAAUAACGUUUUUUGGGGGGUGGGGUGCGAACCCCCUGCACCCUCCAGAAAAUCUGUCCAUGCCAAUAAAUAACAAGCACUACAGGAACACCUUUUUAAAAUUUUUCCAGAAUGUGCUGUUCUAUUAUCCAACAUACUUCAACCUGAGUCAAGCAGACGGUACACAAUACAAAACAUCAUGGCACACCCCUGGUUGUGUUCAGGACGGAAUAAACUCGCGAUAUUCAGGUCACCUGAUGUUGACAGAGGCAAGAAACAAAAGGUGAGUUGAAAUGGGUUCGGAAAGAGCGCUUGCGCUCAACUGAGAAUCAUUAAUUUCAAAGGGUCGAAAGUUCCGUGAAAUUAACAAAUGGGAUAUUUUUAUGCAUUACAGUUGAUAAAGGCAACUGCUGCCAUUAUGGAAUUAUCAAGAACUGAAGUCAGCUUAGCUGUUGAGUCGAGACAAUGUGAUUCCAUAUUUGCGGUCUACAACAUCUUACUGCAGGAAGAAUUGAAGCAAGACAAUAACCAUGCUACCAAAACCGUUUCAUCUGUUGUGAUUCGUGACCACAGCAACACGGCAAGGCUUGCUGGUGGAACUGCCGAAAAAAGACGGAGAAUGAACGAGAAAGAAACAAAAUCUUCGCGAAAUACUUUACAGAAAAGUAGACUUCGCAGUAUGCAAGCCAAACGACUUUGGGCAAUGAAGAAAAGAACACAGAAUUCUGAAAGGUGGGUGUGGGACGGUUGGUCCUUACUAAAUUACAGUAAGGACCUAAUAUUACUUUGGGGCUGGGUUGGUUGGUCGGCCAGGUUGGUUGUACUUGACUGGGUUGGUUGGUUAGCCGGGUUGGUUGGUCAGCCGGGUUGGUUGAUCGACCAGAUUGGUUGGUUGGCCGGGUUGGUUGUUUGGUCAGGUUGGUUGAUUGACCGGGUUGGUUGAUUGGCCGGCCAGUCAGUCCAUUGUUUGGUUGGUUUGUCAGUCGGUUAGUACGUCCGUCGAUUGGUUAGUUGUUUGAAUUGGUUGGGCAUUUGGUCAACCUGGUCAAUUGGUCGGUUGUUCAGAGUCGUUUGGUCAAUACCAUAGAUAUCUUAUAUUAACUAGAUAGCGCAUCUCUUUUAGGAAAAUUGAAGCCAAGAAUAUUCCAGCGGUUACCCCCAUUUGAAUAGAUGGCGGCCAUGUUGGAGUUUCCCACUCGCUAAUAAACGCUUAAAAAACAACACUAUAACUUUCAUCAUUUGAAUAGUUUGAAAAUAUAUUUGGAAUAGUUUUAACUUAAUGUUUAAGUUCCCUGUUUAAUAAAUAGAAAACAUACGAGUCUUCUCAUUUCAUGGGAAUAUCCCGAGUCUGCAAUCACGGCUUCAAUUUUUGAAUUGCAGAAUAAUUAGAUGCACUAUCUAGUGUAUAUAAGAUAUCUAUGAUCAGUACUUGUUAUCUUGGUAGGUCAGCAUCAAUCAUUGCCAGCAUAUUAUGACAUUUGAACGAGGUUUAUUGAAGACAUGGUGUAUAUGUAUUUGCUCACGUCACUGUAGGAUAUUGCAAGCUUUAGGGACUGGUCAUAAAGUAACUGCUAGGGUGGGCUGGAGGUAAAUCACAAAUUUUUCCAAUAAGUUUGGUGACCCAUCUUAGGAUGUAGAUAAAAAUUUCAAAGCCCAUCUAUUCUUACCAAAUUUAUUUCAUGACCCACCCACCCAAUCUAAAUUGGGAAAAUACACUUUUAUAAUAAACCAAGUCGACCAACAUAAUUGCACCAAGUUGACCAACAAAUUCAUCACCAAUUACGACACUGAGCUGUUCUCCAUUUGGUUGUAUUUGCUGUGAUUCGACGAUCACUUCUUGUUGUUGUAUAAAACAAAGUACUGGCUUCAAUAACAUCAUUUGUAUUUAAUAAUUUGGAUAGUUUUAGUUACUUCUAUUAUUAAUUUAAUAUCUGCCCAUGUUGGGUUUUUGUUUGGUGGCCCAACCGUGGACAUACAAAAAAAUUGGCGGCCCAUCGAAAAUGCCCAAAGAUUUUCCAUGGCCCAUCCCAAAUCACUCCAGCCCACCCUAGCAGUUACUUUAUGACCGGUCCCUUACAGACUAUUCAUUCUAUUAUUUUCAUUUCGUUUUAUUCUGUUUCUCCUGCAGGAAAACAUUUGAUGGCGUAAGCUGUGUGAUCGGGACAAGCAUAGGAAGGCCAACCACGGAAAGAAAUUCAACUGAUAGAAAUGAAGUUGAGAAAGUGGAAAUUAAUAAUAAUACAUCAAAAGGAAUAAUUGAAAAUGAGGACAAGAAAUGCGAUGAUUUACCUGAGGUGACUUGUAAAAAUAUUGUAGGUGAGUAUUAAACUUACCAAUUGACCGUAAUCAAAGCAUGGGCGGAUUUACUGGGGUUAAACCCCUCUAGAAUCUCUCUAACCCCUCUUAUAAAGUGUUCAACCCCGCCAAAAUUUCGCUUCACCCCUCUUAUUUUGUGUGAAAGUCUUUAACCCUAACGCCUAACCCCAGCCGAAAGAAAAUGAAAAUCCGCCCUUGAAUCAAAGGUCGUCUCUAAAGGCUGGUAUACACUUUCAAAGUUUCUGUGAUAUGUGUUGUAAAUUGUAAAUUUUGAAAGAUUUGUAAGGGCCCUUCAAAACGUAGAAUUUACUCGUAUGCAAAAUUCCUACCGUCUUCACAGAAACUUUGAUAGUGUAAUCCAACACUGCUAAAAUGUACGGAAUUUUAACGUGCGACUAACCACAAAUAUUAUUUUUUGUAUGUGUAAUAUUUGGGUCAUUCGAAGAAGAAAUGUAAUGUAUCUUUAUAAUACAAAAUUCCAUCUUGAUCAACUUUUUCACUGUCAAAGUUUCCGGAUAUGAUGUCAUUAGGUGAAUUGCAAAUGAGUUUUCCUUUGUUUUUUUGUACCAAAAAUUCACCUAGUGACGUCAUAUCCGGAAACUUUCACAGUGAAAAAGUUGACCAAGAUGAGGUUUUUUACUAUAUAAAGAUAUAUUAUAUUUCUUCUUAGAAUGACCCAAAUAUUACACAUACCAAAAAUUAUAUUUUGGGCUAGUCACACUUUAAGUUUUCCUUUGAUAGAACAAACGAGUACCCAUAAUGAGAAUAGUAAAACAGAAGUCAUUGAUCAAACAGAUUUAGAAAAUUUAAAUGCUGGUGGUAAUGCGGAAUGCCAAGUGGAACAGUCGCCGACAGUCGGUCAAACAACGGAUAAACAAGAUGAUUUGAAAACUGACAAUGAAGAAAGCGAAUCAGAUGUGACUUUGAAUGAAAAUGUAAGUACAAACAUUUAUUUAAGAAUAUCACGAUGAUCAUUCGGUUGAAAAAUAAGAAUUCUAUUUUUACAACAUAACAAUUACUGCUUUUUGAUAUAUUCCAUAUUACUAUUACAUGACUAGAAUUAUAUGUUCCUUACUGGGUCUUUACUUCUUCGCUUACCAAAUAAUUACUAAAAUGUACCCAACUACGUUCAGUUUCUACAGGAUCUUAGACACUUUCGAAUUAGCAACAACAACUUUCCCAAUACAGACAAUAUUACGAUAAACAUUAAGAUCACCAAUGGCGCAACAACUACGAUAUUUUCCAACUUGUUAAAUACAUGGAUUAAAUUCAGACUAUCUGACAACGAAGACAUAUCCUCGCCAUAAUAAAGAUUUUUGAUCAAAGUAAACCCACAAAGAACUGUCAGAGUAGAAAGUGAAAGUGCCUCAAUCGCAUUGUCACAUGGUCGGGUGAAAGGUUUAAUGUACAUGUGAGAUGUGAGAAUGGCGACACAAAGUAUUAACGUUAACAUCAUUUUGAGUCUGUUGUCGUGGACAAAAGUCAAUACGAGAAUCAGUGCCAGUCUUCGGAAUAUCAAGUAGCCUUCCCAUGGGAGAAUAGAGUCGCCAAAACAUAGGAAUGCUUUGUGAGGUCGAAAAGGACCAAGGAGGACUCGAAGAAUGGCUGUCUUUAAUACAUGUUGUUCAGAGGCUUCAUUGGCUCUUAGGCUAUUGUCUUCGAACGUUUGACUGCUUUCGGAUUCUUGUGUUGUUGCCAAACAACAGUUGUGCUGACGUGCCCCCUGGCAACAUCCACAGUUGUCUGCUGAGCAUGUUCCAUGAGAUCCGUUUUCCUGAUCGUCUUCGCGAAUACCACUAACGACUCUGCUAGAUUCCAUUGUAUUAUUACUAGUUCUUUUAUGAAAGCGAUAAUCUCUGACCAGCAAGUAUACCCAAAGACAACAAAAUGGCAGUGGAAAUAUACAUGCGAUGCAAAACUGCGCCACAGAAAUACGAUCCAUCUUUAAAAGGUACGCACCAAGCACAGGCACAAGACAAAAUGGUAAUACGGAUGACACCACAUAAGCAAGAAGAAAAUAUUGAAAUGUUUGGUAGCAUUUGAUAUUACCAUCAAGAAAUAAAACUUCCUUGUCACCAACUGGUACACAGUGAAGAAGAGAGAGACAAAGUUGAGUCGAAGAAGCAUACAUUAAUAAUGAGAUGUAGGUGAAGGCUGAGGCUACACGUGCUUUGAACUUUGAUGGGCGCGGUUGGGUCUCAUUUAUUACCAGAGACCUCAUCUCGAUGCGAACAGGUUUUACAGGUUUUAAGAACACUUGAAGCACACUUGUUACAAGAUAAAGGAUUCCUAGUAAAACUAACAAACAGUAUCCCACAGAAUGCAGGAUAGCAGCUUUUUGAACAGGCUGGAGAUUCUGGACAGGGCAACUAAAUAAUGAAACGUCGACUAAAACCAUAUUCAAGACUCUUCCAAUAGUGUCUUCAAGUUUAGCAAUAAUUUUAUUUUUAUUUUGAGGUCCCACUGUGCUCCGAAGCAACCGUACGACUUGGUAAUAAUAGAAAAUCACUUUAAGUAAUCCGCUGCUUUGCAUUCGCUUACUUUCUACGUUUCUAUCAGUUUUCCGUGUUUCAAAAAUACUCAAACUGCCAAAAAGAGUUUUUCUGACAAUGCUAACAAUCUCCUCGUGGUAGAGAAAGAAGAUUAAGUAUAGAAGUAGCAUCGCGAGUGCGCUAGGAAUGAAUAACGACCCCGAGCAUUUUGCAUUUGCAGUACAUUGCGAACUAAACAGGGUGUCUGACAUUCCUCCUGAACACCGUCCACAGAGCGUUCCAGUUCUGUUACCAUGGCAACUAUCAUAGCUGACGCAAUCAUUGGAAUCACAGCAAUAUCCCGGCGGGCAUUGCGCAAAGGUUAUUGAGGUGUUAGUUUUGUACCCCCAGAAAUUUGGCUUGGCCUUGACCGUACCACUGAUGCAGUUCCCACCUCUGGGACAUUGCAUACAUUUGAUGUGAUUGCUUGUGUUGUAAAUGAAUUUCGCUCUUUUUAGAGCAUACGUUUUCGGAGGACACUUCGCGCAAGUUAUGUAAAUAUAGGUACAACAUAUAGUGUUUUCAUAAACGUUACAGGUUUUUUGAGAAUUUAACACAUACCCUUGAGGACAUAGGAUUUGGAAGCUAUGGUUAAUAAGAACUCGGCUUGUUUUAUAGAAAGGCAUACGUAGAAAAAUGGUUUCUCCUGUCUUCAAGGCGAGUAUAUUGAAUAUGUUUUUACCUUUGAAGGAAACAAAUGAAUGUUCUUUCGCAUAUAACUGAGCGGCGAACGAAACCGUUUGGUGGUUUUCAAAGUAGCACUCGCGAAAUGUUACGUUCGAGAGUUUAGAUACGAUCACAACGGCAGAAAACCGGCUUCCCGCCUUGUUGUCAUAGAAACGACAUGACGUCACUCGGUAUUUGCCUUCUUUGAAAAAUAUCGCUGGCACGUAAUUUUCUAAGUCUCGUCCAUUGAAAUUCCUCGUGAACGUAUUGUUGUGUAUAGUCACUGUCGGUAUUUUACCAGUGGACGCAUACAUCCGAUGAUAUACUUUGGACAUUUGGACAACUAGAGCAGCAGAGUUAUUUCUAAAAGUACUGUUAAGAAUUUCUACCAUGAAAGGUGCAUCUAUGCUGAACCUUAGCAUAAGAUUAACCGCAGGCAGUUUAUUCAAGUUGUUUUCUACUCGGAUAUUCCUUAAAGAUACGUAUAUUCCAUUGCGGAGUGUCUCGACCUCUCUUAUUAAUAAUGAUGAAAAUCCGUUCUUUGACUUUGUCAUUCCAAGAUGAUUAACAAAUGCCGAUUCCCAUAUUGAGAUAUUAAGUACAAGUGCAUGCUGUGGUUUUAUUGCAAAUAAAUGCGUAGAGACAGUGCUGUGUUCUCCAUCAAAGACGCUAUUACGAACAAACACUUCCAACACUCGCGAAUGAGAUUUAUACGACUUCUUGUAAAACGUUUGGAGCGAAAUCGGAUUCCUUUUAAACACGCUGUUUGUUAUAUGGGCUGUUAGGUUAGUGCAUUUUAAUCCAAUGGCCCGAUAUGUUUUUUCUUGGAAAGUUGAAUUGUUUAUAUUAAUGAAACAGUUUUCAGACUUUGUACUGUGUAUGCCAUUUGAGUUAUUUGCAAAAGUUGUAUUCUCUAAUACGAGCUCAAAUGCGGACGCCUCGGUGCAUUCUGCUACAGUGUGGGCCGAUCUGAAUACCAAAUUAUGGAAUGCGACUUUGGUUACUUUCAAUUUCGAAUUUUUUAUUACAAAAAGUUUGCAACUUUUCUUGCAUUUUAUUAUUGGUUGUCCAUUAUUCCCGUGAAAUGAAAUCGUCUUAUUCAACUCGAUAGAGCAUGUUGAUUGUGUUACAUUUUCGCAUUCCAUAUAAGGUCUUCCUGGUGCAUAAUCAAUAUAGAUUUGAUCUCCAUCACUAGACAUCAUCACUGCAUGUCGCACAGUACGACAUGGCAUAGUCCAGUUACCACAAUUGUUGUGAUUGGUGCCAUUCUUUCUGACAUACCAAUGUGUUGAGAGUGCAUUUUGAUUUCCUGCAUGAAUGAUAUUUAACAAAUAUAAAACAUUUUCCGUGUUGAUAUACAGUUAUAUCAACACGAGUGGAAAUUGGGAAAACGAGAAAUUGUGUGGAAACACGACGCCCGAAGGGCGGAGUGUUUUCAUACAAUUUCGAGUUUUCCCAACUUCCACGAGUGUUGAUAUAACUAUAUAUCAAUACAAUAAAUAAUUUGCACUAUUGCUGUUAGGUGGCAAGGUGAGACGAGGCAUGUAUUCAUACAUCUAUAUAUCUAUCCUGUCUAUUCAUACAUUCAGGCAGAGAGUAAACUUUCCGGGGGGUGUAUACGAUUUAUGUUUGUAGUGAUUUAUUGUACUUAGUGCUUUGAAGGUUACUUAGGCAAUUUCAGUUGUCUUAUUUAAUUAAAUAAUCUUUUGCCAAGUUCACAAAAAUUUCGAGGAAUCGUUGUCGUUAUUGUAAUUUUUUGUAAUUUUUAUAACAUUCGCUUCUCAUGUUGUGUAAAGGAUCUUUACCCCGGAACACCCGACUUUUUCUUUAGCAGCACAAAUGCGCAUGCGCUAUCAUGCCGUAGAUUACGAUCGAUGACGUGACGAUGCUAGGAAGGAGCGACCAUUAAUAGAAGCGACACAGUGUUGUUUUCAAGUGUAUAAUUGUAACAUUUCAGACGUGAAUAUUGAGUAAAUCUUUGUGAAUCUGCGCAAUAUAUAAACCGAUGUUAUGCAUUACGGGCAUUCAAUCAAGUAUCGAUAUUAUUUAGGCGGUAUAUUCAUUAUACAGAGCUAGGAAGGAGCUAGACAGUGCUUUUUUCAAAUGUAUAAACAUUUCAGACGUAAAUAUUGAGAAAAUCUUUGAGAUUUUACCAAAUAUAUAAAUUGAUUUUAUGCAUUACGGGCAUUUAAUAUAAUCAAGUGCCGAUAUUAUUUUGAUGGUAUAUUCACUAUACAGAGUUAGGAGGGAGCGAAACAGUGUUGUUUAUAUACAAAUGUGUAAUUAUAAACAUUUCAGACGUGAAUAUUGAGAAAAUCUUUGAGAUUCUACGCCCCGUUCUACGCAAUACAUAAAUUGAUGUUAUGCAUUACCUGCAUUCAAUUAGGUGCAGAUAUUAGUUUAGGCGUACGCAUAAUAUUAUCACGUACUGCGUGAUAAUAUUAAUAAUUAUCAAUAUUAAUAUUCUACAGACUAUUAGCUUAGCUUGAGCUUGCCUUAAUGUAAAGUACUUUUUGUAAUACGUGGUAUCAUUUGUGAAUGAUACGAAGAAUAACGCAUUUCAUUCGAAGGGCCUUCGCUCGAAACGUUUGCUUUCCUAUCAAUCUACGCUGCCACAUGAGACCAUUCGAGAUUAUAUCAUUAUCUAGACUAUUCUAUUAUUUCAAUUCUUUCUAUUCUUUCUAACGCCAUACUAUUUUUUUCCGGGAACACUGAAAGUGUUCUAUGUGUCUUGGGAAACGAGUGUGAUUGUCAUGUAGUUAAAACAAAAUGAACUGAAAUAAUAUCACGAAAUGUACGCGUAAUAAGUACCCCGGCUCCGGUUUACGAGUACGUUAUUUCGUUUUAUCGAUGUCUGUGUGUUUACUCGUAAUUACUGUACAUGCUCUUUCACAGUAGCAAUAGACAGAAAAAGUAUGAUCAAACAUGCAAACACUAUAGGGGAAAUUUCUAAUCUCUACUUUUAGUUCAAAAGUGCGUUCACACUUACCUUGAAAGAUUAACAAUAUCACAGCUAAAAUACUGCAGAACAGCAUGUCAAAAGCUUUUCAUGACCUAAGAUCUUCAAAAACGUAUGAAAGUGAAGGCAGAAGGACAUGUAAAACGCCACUUAAUCCAAUGUUUCAAGUACUUUGUCUUCUUUUGUAAAAUGAAAGUCAUAGAUCUGACUUUCAUUCCUAUGGCUUAGCUUAGCUUCGCUUGGCUAAACGUGCAUAAUGUACUUUCUGUACUGCGUGAUAAUAUCAGUUUAGAAGUGUCUUGUGCCAAGUGAAUUGUCAAAAAUUUAUGCAGGCUUCCCCGUGGCUGUGACGAAAUUGCUAAACCAACAAGACUAGAACUAAACUAACUAAAUAAACCCGACUAACUUAACUGCAAUUUGGACAUAACUGAUUGAUAUGUAAAAUUGUUACCCUUUAUGUAAAAUUGGCAUAACACUGGAACCGAAGGCAAAUCUCCGCUCUUGAAAACACUUGGUUCUACUUUUAAAGUCGUUUCCCAUGUUUAUGUCUUUCGAUAUUGCGGUAAGAAAGUCACAAUCAUAAUACGGUUGAAAAAUAAGUAUUCUAUUUUUACAAAGUUUCACAAAGUAACUGCUUUUUGAUAUAUUCUAUAUUUACUAUUAAUUAACUAGAAUUGUACGUUCCUUACUGGGUCUCUACUCCUUCGCUUACCAAAUAACUGCUAAAAGGUUUGAAGGCACACAACUACGUUCAGUUUCUACAGGAUCUUAGACACUUUCGAAUUAACAACAACAACUUUCCCAAUACAGACAAUGUUACGAUAAGCACUAAGAUCACCAAUGGAGCAACAACUACGAUAUUUUCCAACUUGUUAAAUACAUGGAUUAAAUUCACAGUAUCUGACAACGAAGACAUAUCCUCGCCAUAAUAAAGGUUUUUGAUCAAAGUAAACCCACAAAGAACGGUCAAAGUAGAAAGUGAAAGUGCCUCAAUCGCGUUGUCACAUGGUCGAGUGAAAGGUUUAAUGUACAUGUGAGAUGUGAGAAUGGCGACACAAAGUGUUAACGUCAACAUCAUUUUGAGUCUGUUGUCGUGUGCAAAAGUCAAUACGAGAAUCAGUGCCAGUCUUCGGAAUAUCAAGUAACCUUCCCAUGGGAGAAUAGAGUCGCCAAAACAUAGGAAUGCUUUGUGAGGUCGAAAAGGACCAAGGAGGACUCGAAGAAUGGCUGUCUUUAAUACAUGUUGUUCGGAGGCCUUAUUGGCUAUGCUUUCACAGCUUUCGGAUGUCAGGCUAUUCUCUAAAAGCGUUUGACUGCUUUCGGAUUCGUGUGUUGUUGCCAAACAACAGUUGUGCUGACGUGCCCCCUGGCAACAUCCAGAGUCGUCUGCUGAACAUGUUCCAUGAGAUCCGUUUUCCUGAUCGUCUUCGCGAAUACCACUAACGACUCUGCCAGAUUCCAUUGUAUUAUUGCUAGUUCUUUUAUGAAAGCGAUAAUCUCUGACCAGCAAGUAUGCCCAAAAACAACAAAAUGGCAAUGGAAAUAUACAUGCGAUGCAAAACUGCGCCACAGAAAUACGAUCCAUCUUUAAAAGGUACGCACCAAGCACAGGCACAAGACAAAAUGGUAAUACGGAUGACACCACAUAAGCAAGAAGAAAAUAUUGAAAUGUUUGGUAGCAUUUGAUAUUACCAUCAAGAAAUAAAACUUGGUUGUUACCAACUGGUACACAGUGAAGAAGAGAGAGACAAAGUUGAGUCGAAGAAGCGUACAUUAAUAAUGAGAUGUAGGUGAAGGCUGAGGCGAUACGUGCUUUGAACUUUGAUGGGCGCGGUUGGGUCUCAUUUAUUACCAGAGACCUCAUCUCGUUGCGAACAGAUUUUACAUGUUUUAACACCAUUUGAACUACAUUUGUUACAAGAUAAAGGAUUCCUAGUAAAACUAACAAACAGUAUCCCACAGAAUGCAGCAUGGCAACUUUCUGAACAGACUGGAGAUUUUUGACAGGACAACUAAAUGAUGGAACAUCGACUAAAACCAUAUUUAAGAUUCUGGCAACAAUGUCGUCAAGUUUAGCAAUGAUUUGACUGCUAUCCUGAGGUCCCACUGUGCUCCGAAGCAACCGUACAACUUGGUAGUAAUAGAAAAUCACUUUAAGUAAUCCGCUGCUUUGCAUUCGCUUACUGCUUACGUUUCUAUCAGUUUGUUUCCGUGCUUUAAAAAUACUCAAACUGCCAAAAAGACUUUUUCUGAGAAUGCCAACAAUCUCUUCGUGGUAGAGAAAGAAGAUUAAGUAUAGAAGUAGCAUCGCGAGUGCGCUGGGAAUGAAUAACGACCCCGAGCAUUUUGCAUUUGCAGUACAUUGCGAACUAAACAGGCUGUCUGACAUUCCUCCUGAACACCGUCCACAGAGCGUUCCAGUUCUGUUACCAUGGCAACUAUCAUAGCUGACGCAAUCAUUGGAAUCACAGCAAUAUCCCGGCGGGCAUUGCGCAAAGGUUAUUGAGGUGUUAGUUUUGUACCCCCAGAAAUUUGGCUUGGCCUUGACUGUACCACUGAUGCAGUUCCCACCUCUUGGACAUUGCAUACAUUUGAUGUGAUUGCUUGUGUUGUAAAUGAAUUUCGCUCUUUUUAGAGCAUACGUUUUCGGAGGACACUUCGUGCAAGUUAUGUAGAUAUAGGUACAAUAUAUGAUGUUUUCAUAAACGUUACAGGUUUUUUGAGAAUUUAACACAUACCCUUGCGGACAUAGGACUGUGAAAUUAUCCCUAAUAACGAGUACGAUGUUUUUACUGGAAGGUACGCGUAGAAAAACCAUUUGUCCCAUGUUUAAAUCAAUGAUAUUGAAUAUAUUUUUUCCAUUGAAUAAGACGGAGGACGGUCCAUACGCAUAGAGCUGAGCCGCCGACGAAACGGUUUGGCGGUUUUCAAAGUAGCACUCGCAAAAUUCCACAUGCGACGCAUCAGAUACGGCGACGACAGCAUAAAACGGGCUUUUUCCCGCCUUGUUGUCAUGGAAAUGACAUGACGUCACUUUAUAUUUGCCUCUGUUGAAAAAUAUCGCUGGCACCGAAUUUUCUGAGUUCUGUCCAUUGAAAUUCCCGGUAAACGUAUUGUUGUAAAUAAUUACCUUCGAAUUUUUACCAGUGGGCACAUACACACGAUUUAUGUUAGAGGUUCGGACAACCAGAGCAGCAGAGUUGUUCCUAAAAGUACUGUUAAGAAUUUCUACCACGAAAGCUGCAUGUAUAGUGAAUCGUGCCACGAGAGUAACUGCAGGCAGUUCAUUCAAGUUGUUUUCUACUCUGAUAUUCCUUAAAGACACGUAUGUUCCUUUCCGUUUACUCGAACUUUCAUCGCUUAUAAAUAAUGAUGAAAAUUUCAUAAAUUUGUUCUUAAAAUUUAGUGUCAUUCCCAGAUGAUUAACAAAUGCCGAUUCCCAUAUUGAGAUAUUAAGUACAAGUGCAUAUGGUUUUAUUACAAAUAAAUGUGAAGGGACUUCGCUGUGUUCUCCAUCAAAAACGCUAUUACGAACAAACACCUCCAAUACUUGCCAAUGAUAUUUAUACAACUUGUUGAAAAUAGUUUGGAGAAAAAUCGGAUUCCUUUUAAACACGCUGUUUGUUAUAUGGACAGUUAGGUUAGUGCAUUUUAGCCAAAUAGCCCAAUUUGUUUUUUCUUGGAAAGUUGAAUUGUUUAUAUUAAUGAAGCAGUUUUCACAACUUCUACUGUGUAUGCCCAUUGGGUUAUCUGCAAAAGUUGUAUUCUCUAAUACGAGCUCAAAUGCGAACGCCUCGGUGCAUUCUGCUACAGUAUUUGUCGAUCUGAAUACCAAAUUAUAGAACGCGACUUUGGUUACUUCCAAUCUCGAGUUUUUUAUUACAAAAAGUUUGCAACUUUUCUUGCAUUUUAUUAUUGGUCGUCCAUUAAUCCCGUGAAAUGAAAUCGUCUUAUUCAACACGAUAGAGCAUGUUGAUUGUGUUACAUUUUCACAUUCCAUAUAAGGUCUUCCUUGUGCAUAAUCAAUAUAGAUUUGAUCUCCAGCACUAGUCAUCUUCACUGCAUGCCGCACAGUACGACAUGGCAUAGUCCAGUUACCACAAUUGUUGUGAUUGGUGCCAUUCUGUCUGACAUACCAAUGUGUCGAGAGUACUUUUUGAUUUCCUGCGUGAAUGAUAUAAUGUUUUAUGCAAGUAUAUUCGAUGGUGUUUUGGAGGGCUGCAUGCAAAUGCACUACCCAUGACUCGUACCAGUCUCUGAAUUAUGACGACUGGGUCUACUUUGUCUAACACCAGACCAUUUUAUUCUGUCAGUAGCAGUGUAGCACACCGUGUUAUUCUGUCCAACACCAGAUUAUUUUACCCUGUCUAUAACACCAGACAAUUUUACUGUCUAUAUUAUCUUAAUAUGUCAUGCAGGCUAACAUGAUCUAAAGACUAAACUUCACUACUUCAGUUCAUACGGAUGCAACUUGUAAAAAUUCAAGAAAAACUUCGAGGUUUUAGGCGAAGGCUCUUCGUCAGGAGAAGUUAGUUGCCUGGCUUAGAUCUUUGUAAAAAUAAUUCUUCAUGAUUUUACUUCGUAGAAAAAUACUUCGUUUUCUUAUGUAAAUAAAUAGGGUCGGCCAAGGGGUUUUGGGUAUACAGGAUCUAAUGGGUAUUUAAUUUGAGUAUACUGUAUAUUUACUUAAAUGUUAUGACUAAUUUGGGGUAUUAAGUAUACAGCUUCUGGUUGUUUUAGGUAUUUUGUAACAUUUGGACCGUAAUAAUAGGUAUUUUUAUCCAUAUUUAUCAGGUAUUUAGGAUACCACGACCCCCCCCCCCCUGGCUGACCCCUAAUAAACAGACGAUUAGCUUCAACUUAACUUGGCUGUAACGUACUUCCUGUACUGCGUGAUAAUAUUAAUAAUUAUCAAUGUUAAUAUUCUACAGACGAUUAGCUUAGCUUAGCUUGCCUUUAAUGUAAUGUACUUUUUGUAAUGCGUGGUAUUAUUUGUGAAUGAUACGAAGGAUAACGCAUUUCAUUCGAAGGGCCUUCGCUCGAAAUGUUUACAUCCCUAUCAAUCCGAAGCAUUCUUCAUAUUGGCGCUUCUUACGUUGCGACAGACCAUUCGAGAUUAUAUCAUUUUCUAGACUAUUCUAGUAUUUCUAUUCUUUCUAACGCCAUACUAUUUUUCUCCGGGAACACUGAAAGUUUUCUAUGUGUCUUGGGAAACGAAUGUGAUUGUCAUGUAGUUAAAACAAAAUGAACUGAAAUAAUAUCACGAAAUGUAAUGGUUAACUGCCCUGGCUCCAGUUUACGAGUGCGGGUAUAGCGUCAUUUUGUUUAGCAAUUUCCAUCGAUGUCUGUGUGUUUACUCGUAGUUAUUGAACAUGUUCUUUCGCAGUAGCAAUAAACAAAAAAAGUAUAUGAUCAAACAUGCAAACAUUAGAGGAAAUUUCUAAACAAAAUGACCGUAUCUUAAAACCUAGCUCGAUCUCUAGUUUUAGUCAAAAAGUACGUUCGUCACACUUACCUGAGAAGACUAGCAAUAUCACAGCUAAAAUAAUGCGGUACAGCAUGUUAAAAGCUUUUCGUGGCCUAAGACUUCAAAAACGUAUGAAAGUGAAGAAGGACUGAAAGGCAACUAGACUGUUCAGAUUGUCGGUAAAUUCAAGAACAUUUAAAACGCCACUUCAAUAUUUCAAGUACUUUGUUUUCUUAUGUGAAUAAACUGACGAUUUGCUUUAUAGUUAACCUUUAAUGUACUUUCUGUACUGCGUGAUAACAUCAGUUUAGAAGUCUCUUCUCUAUUAAAGCCGGGAAUGUCAAAAAUUUUAUGCAGGCUUCCCCGUGGUUGUGACGAAAUUGCUAAACCAACAGACUAGAACUAAACUAAUAUUUUUGUUAUGUCUUGUCUGAAAGGCUUUAAUUCUCAUUUUUAAAUUACGCUUUCCACCCGGUGUAUCAAUCGCUGCUGUUUUAAACUAAACCCAGCUAACGUAACUGCAAUUUGGACAUAACCAUGGUUAGUCUCAACCCUUGAGACCAUUCCAGCUAAUAUUACAAAGUUAAUGACAUUCAUUUGACAAAAUGGACUUUCACACACCCUCUCCCCAGUUUUCAAAUUUUUUACCCUCUAUACAAAAUUCGCAUACUCCUUAUAAUAAAUUCCAUGUUGAAGCAUGUUGCCUUCUUAAGCCCCCGCUCCCCCAACUCAAUGUUGAGCUUGUGUCAUGGUAUAUUACCAAAAGUUGUUUCGGCGUUGUUCACAGCAUUGAACUGGGGGAGUUGGGGUGACAAAGUCCGUUUUGUCAUUGUCAUUAACUUUGUAAUAUUAACUGGAAUGGUUUCAAGGGUUUUGUCCAAGAUUAUGGCUUUAACACUGGAACCUAAGGCAAAUGUCCGCUCUUGAAAAAACGUGGUUCUGUUAAGUGGUUUCCUGUGUUUACGAUGAUAAUUCGGUUGAAAAAUAAGAGUUCUAUUUUUACAACAUACAAUUACUGCUUUUUUAUAUAUUCCAAAUUACUAUUACACGCCCAGAAUUAUAUGUUCCUUACUGGGUCUUUACUCUUUUGCUUACCAAAUAACUACUAAAAGGUACCCAACUACGUUCAGUUUCUACAGGAUCUUAGACACUUUCGAAUUAACAACAACAACUUUCCCAAUACAGACAAUAUUACGAUAAACAUUAAGAUCACCAAUGGAGCAACAACUACGAUAUUUUCCAACUUGUUAAAUACAUGGAUUAAAUUCAGACUAUCUGACAACGAAGACAUAUCCUCGCCAUAAUAAAGAUUUUUGAUCAAAGUAAACCCACAAAGAACUGUCAGAGUAGAAAGCGAAAGUGCCUCAAUCGCGUUGUCACAUGGUCGGGUGAAAGGUUUAAUGUGCAUGUGAGAUGUGAGAAUGGCGACACAAAGUGUUAACGUUAACAUCAUUUUGAGUCUGUUGUCGUGUACAAAAGUCAAUACGAGAAUCAGUGCCAGUCUUCGGAAUAUCAAGUAACCUUCCCAUGGGAGAAUAGAGUCGCCAAAACAUAGGAAUGCUUUGUGAGGUCGAAAAGGACCAAGGAGGACCCGAAGAAUGUCUGUCUUUAAUACAUGUUGUUCGGAGGCCUUAUUGGCUAUGCUUUCACUGCUUUCGGAUGUCAGGCUAUUCUCUAAAAGCGUUUGACUGCUUUCGGAUUCUUGUGUUGUUGCCAAGCAACAGUUGUGCUGACGUGCCCCCUGGCAACAUCCACAGCAUGUUCCAUGAGAUCCGUUUUCCUGAUUGUCUUCGCGAAUACUACUAAUGACUCUGCUAGAUUCCAUUGUAUUAUUACUAGUUCUUUUAUGAAAGCGAUAAUCUCUGACCAGCAAGUAUACCCAAAAACAACAAAACGGCAAUGGAAAUAUACACGCGAUGCAAAACUGCGCCACAGAAAUGCGAUCCAUCUUUAAAAGAUACGCACCAAGUACAGGUACAAGACAAAAUGGUAAUACGGAUGACACCACAUAAGCAAGAAGAAAAUAUUGAAAUGUUUGGUAGCAUUUGAUAUUACCAUCAAGAAAUAAAACUUGCUUGUCACCAACUGGUACACAGUGAAGAAGAGAGAGACAAAGUUGAGUCGAAGAAGCGUACAUUAAUAAUGAGAUGUAGGUGAAGGCUGAGGCGAUACGUCCUUUGAACUUUGAUGGGCGUGGUUGGGUCUCAUUUAUUACCAGAGACCUCAUCUCGAUGCGAACAGGUUUUACAGGUUUUAAGAACACUUGAAGCACACUUGUUACAAGAUAAAGGAUUCCUAGUAAAACUAACAGACAGUAUCCCACAGAAUGCAGGAUAGCAGCUUUUUGAACAGGCUGGAGAUUCUGGACAGGGCAACUAAAUAAUGAAACGUCGACUAAAACCAUAUUCAAGACUCUUCCAAUAGUGUCUUCAAGUUUAGCAAUGAUUUUAUUUUUAUUUUGAGGUCCCACUGUGCUCUGAAGUAACCGUACGACUUGGUAAUAAUAGAAGAUCACUUUAAGUAAUCCGCUGCUUUGCAUUCGCUUACUUCCUACGUUUCUAUCAGUUUGUUUCCGUUCCUUAAAAAUUCUCAAACUGCCAAAAAGACUUUUUCUGACAGUGCUAACAAUCUCUUCGUGGUAGAGAAAGAAGAUUAAGUAUAGAAGCAGCAUCGCGAGUGCGCUAGGAAUGAAUAACGACCCCGAGCAUUUUGCGUUUGCAGUACAUUGCGAACUAAACAGGCUGUCUGACAUUCCUCCUGAACACCGUCCACAGAGCGUUCCAGUUCUGUUACCAUGGCAACUAUUAUAACUGACGCAAUCAUUGGAAUCACAGCAAUAUCCCGGCGGGCAUUGCGCAAAGGUUAUCGAGGUGUUAGUUUUGUACCCCCAGAAAUUUGGCUUGGCCUUGACUGUACCAUUGAUGCAGUUCCCACCCCUAGGACAUUGCAUACAUUCGAUGUGAUUGCUUUUGUGGUAAAUGAAUUCCGCUCGUUGUAGAGCAUAUGUUUUCGGGCGACAUGGGAAGCAAAUUAUGUAAAUAUAGCUACACUUUAUGUUGUUUUUUUCAACGUCACAUUUUUUUUGAUAAUUUAACGCAUACCCUUGAGGACAUAGGACUUUGAAGCCAUGUUUAAUAAGAACUCGUUUUUUAUAGAAAGGCAUACGUAGAAAAAUGGUUUCUCCUCUCUUCAAGGCGAGCAUAUUGAAUAUGUUUUUACCUGUGAAGUGAACAAUGGACUCUCCUGUCGCAUGUAACUGAGCGGCGACCGAAACCGUUUGAUUGUUUUCAAAAUAGCACUCGCGAAAUGUUACGGUCGAGACUUCAGAUACGAUCACAACAGCAGAAAACCGGCUUCCCGCCUUGUUGUCAUAGAAACGACAUGACGUCACUCUGUAUUUGCCUCCUUUGAAAAAUAUCGCUGGCACGUAAUUUUCUAAGUCUUUUCCAUUGAAAUUCCUCGUAAACGUAUUGUUGUGUAUAGUCACUGUCGGUAUUUUACCAGUGGACGCAUACAUCCGAUGCUUUACUGCCUUUACACUGGUCAUUUGGACAACUAGAGCAGCAGAGUUGUUUCUAAAAGUACUGUUACGAAUUUCUACCAUGAAAGGUGCAUCUAUGAUGAACCUUAGCGUAAGGGUAACCGCAGGCAGUUUAUUCAAGUUGUUUUCUACUCGGAUAUUCCGCAAAGACACAUAUGUUCCAUUGAGUUUCCUGACCCGGUAUAUUGAUAGUGAUGAAAAUUUCUUCUUUGACUUUGUCAUUCCAAGAUGAUUAACAAAUGCCGAUUCCCAUAUUGAGAUAUUAAGUACAAGUGCAUGUGGUUUUAUUGCAAAUAAAUCCAUAGGGAUUCCGCUGUGUUCUCCAUCAAAAACGCUAUUACGAACAAACACCUUCAAUACUCGCGAAUGAUAUUUAUACUUCUCGCUGUUAAAAGUUUCGAGCAAAAUAGGAUUCCUUUUAAACACGCUGUUUGUUAUAUGGGCAGUUAGGUUAGUGCAUCUUAACCCAAUAGCCCAAUUUGUUUUUUCUCGGAAAGUUGAAUUGUUUAUAUUAAUGAAGCAGUUUUCAGACUUUCUACUGUGUAUGCCAUUUGAGUUAUUUGCAAAAGUUGUAUUCUCUAAUACGAGCUCAAAUGCUGACGCCUCGGUGCAUUCUGCUACAGUCUGUGCCGAUCUGAAUACCAAAUUAUGGAAUGCGACUUUGGUUACUUUCAAUUUCGAGUUCUUUAUUACAAAAAGUGUGCAAUUACUCUUGCAUUUUAUUAUUGGUCGUCCAUUAAUCCCGUGAAAUGAAAUCGUCUUAUUCAACUCGAUUGAGCAUGUUGGGUGUGUUACAUUUUCGCAUUCCAUAUAAGGUCUUCCUGGUGCAUAAUCAAUAUAGAUUUGAUCUCCAUCACUAGACAUCUUCACUGCAUGCCGCACGGUAAGACAUGGCAUAGUCCAGUUACCACAAUUGUUGUGAUUGGUGCCAUUCUGUCUGACAUACCAAUGUGUCGAGAGUACAUUUUGAUUUCCUGCAUGAAUGAUAUAAUGUUAUAUGCAAGUGUAUUCGAUGGUGUUUUGGGGGGCUGCAUGCAAAUGCACUACCCAUGACUCGUCUCUGAAUUAUGAUGACUAUGUCUAUACUUUGUUUAGCAGCAAAAUCUUUAAUUAUGUUCAACACCGGAUUAUUUUACUCUGUCUAGCACCAGACAAUUUUACUGUCUACAUUAUCUUUGUCUGCAGGCUAUUCUAUUCCUUCUUACGCCAGACAUUUUUUCUCCUGGAACACUGAAAGUUUUCUAUGUGUCUUGAGAAAUGAAUGUGAUUGCCAUGUAUAGUUAAAGCAAAAUGAACUGAAAUAAUAUCACGAAGUGUAAUCGUCAACUACAACGGCUCCGGUUUACGAGCACGGGCAUAGCGUCAUUUUGUUUAGCAAUUUUCAUCGAUGCCUGUGUGUUUACUCGUAAUUACUGUACAUGCUCUUUCACAGCAGCAAUAAACAAAAAAAGUGUGAUCAAACAUGCAAACACUAGAGGAAAUUUCUAAACAAAAUGACCGUAUACCCGGAAACCCGAAACCAGGAGGUAUCUUAAAACUUCUAGUUUUAGUUGAAAAGUACGUUCAUCUCACUUACCUGGAAAGAUUACUAACAAUAUCACAGCUAAAAGACUGCGGAACAGCAUGUUUUAAAGCUUUUCGUGAAUAUAAGACUUCAAGAACGUAUGAAGGUGAAGAGAGACUGAAAGGCAACUAGACUUCAUGAAUGCUGAAUGUCGGUAAAUUCAAGGACAUUUAAAACGCCUCUUAAAUACCUCAAGUACUUCGUUUUCUUAUGCAAAUAUAGUGACGAUUAACGAAUUAAAUUGAAUGAUCGCAGAGACAAGAGGUAAAUGUCCACUCUUGAAAAUACGUGGUUCUACCCAAGUCGUUUCCUGUGUUUCCGUAUUUCGAUAUUACAUUGUGAAACAUUGAGUGUCUUUCACAUUUGGACGAUUGUGUCUUGGUUUUCAUUCUUCAAUAUUGCAGUUGCGUGAUUAAAAUGUGGCCUCAGUCGCAUGCUAGAAAAGUGCGUACAGUUUGACUUUAGCUGACGCUUCAGGUUUUCUUUGGUUCCAUCUGCAGUAGGCAACGGACCAUACGGAAUUAUCCUUAUUAGAUUUCUAGGACUACUAGGAGUGAACUGCUACAGCUUUCCGGUAUAAAUAUACGAGUAUUAUUUUUUUCCUAGGAUACAUUUUGGUGCCAAGGUAACGCCAUAGCUCGCAAGCCAAGCGACCAUAUUCGGCAUGCUAACCAAGAGGUACCAUUGAACGAGACAUCGUGCGAAGAAUACGUUCGUGCGCCCGCCAGUCUGGUGGACAUCAGCGGUAGUACAUCUAGUGAUUCAUUGGACGGUAUUGGGGGUCAUGCAAGUACAAUGGUGGAUAACAUAACCGAAUCCCCCAUUGCCACCCCAUCACUCGCAGCGUCCUCGAUAUCCAAUAUAUUAAGCUUGAUAGGAGAUGAACAAUGUCAUAAUGGACAAGUGUGGAUGGAUGUGGAUAACAAUGAUCUUGCAUGUACUUCUGAGUACAACGAGGUACAUUCAGAGAUACAGAAUGUUGAGAGAGAUGGUGCCGCCUGUGUUACCCUUCAAGCUAUUGAGGUGAAGAAGAAAGGUCCUACUCAACAGAAGUUUGUUGGCCGGGCGAGAUUUAAAUCUGCUGAAAGAAAAGGUAUGGUAUUUUUUGCCCUCAAUGGCCUCAAUAUAUUCAUGAGAAAACCCUAAUGCGGCCUACUUUAUUGUUCUACUCUGUCCAACGCCAGAUGAUUUUACUUGUCCCGGGAGGUAGAAUACUGGCAUGCAUUCAAUGGAUUAAUCUUUUUGAGAUUGUCGAGUGGCAUGUUGAGUUUGCUCAAAACGAAAAAGAAAUACAAUAUAAUCUCAACACGACAUUAAUAUUGCUCGCUGAAUUUUUCCGUGUUUCUUGCAGGUUCAGCAUUCAGUACAAAACCAACAAAAAAGUAAGUCUGGUUUAAAAACUACCUAAAAUAUAUAUCUAAUGCGUCUUUAUUCAAAUAAAAAAUAUCGAAACUGUAUUGAAUUUUAGAACCGUGAAUCCGAGCAAAGAUUUAGAAGAAGCCAUAGAGGAAAGGUCAGUAAUGGAUAUUUGUCAGGGGUUGGUUGUUUGAAGGCUGAUCAGCUUAACCCUAGGUUAACCUAAAUUCAAAGCAAACUUCCUGCCAGCUUGUUUACAAAUUGGAAAUGAUUCCUCAGAAAUCUUGUCUGGAUCGGUUCUUCGGUCUGGAUCGAUUCUUCGGUCUGGAUCGAUUCUUCUGUCUGGAUCGAUUCUUCUGUCUUGAUCGUUUCUUCUGUCUGGAUCGAUUCUUCUGUCUGGAUCGAUUCUUCUGUCUUGAUCGAUUCUUCUGUCUGGAUCGAUUCUUUCCACAGUUCUCUGCAGUGUUGAAAUAAUCAGAAUGCAGAAAUACAUAAACUGAAACAGCGGGUUAAACUUUAACCCAGGGUUAGCGCUAACCCACCUUUGAACAACUGGCGCCCCAGGGCGAAUACGUGGAGUUUGGAUACACGAACACGCUAACUAACUAGCUACCAGUGAAAUACCUUCAAUUCCAGUCUAGUAUUACUAACGCCCCGGUGAAACGAGGUUGAGAGUUGAUGAGAGUAGGCAGACACGCAUUGUUACAGGGGACAUUUCAAGCUCUAGAUUAACAAAAUAAAAGUUUGAUGAAUGUUCCAACUAUGUUUUAACUUCAAUAGAAUACAUGAUAGUGUUGAGAAAGCGUUAAGAACAGCUAACCAAGAUCACGUGAUUGUCAACUCUCAUGCACUCUCAUCCUCGUCUCAUCCGGGCUUAGUUCAAAUAAUCAGAUAAAUAACUAACUUGCUAAAUAAGUAUAGUGUACUCAUAUAUUCACUUUCUGGAUUUUCUUUCUUCAAAGGUUAAAGCCUUGUUUAAAGAACUCUGCAGCAUCACUAAGGUCGGUCUCUUAUACAUUGGAUUUGAUUUUGGUCUUUGUCACUGACAUUUUAACAUGAGUUCAGAAUAUUUUGCUUCAUGUCUCAGAAAAUUUCUUUAUUUUUAGAGAACGACCGCAUACAGCAAACAGCAAGGUUUGUCGUUACAGUUGAUUCGUUUUGCAUUUAGGUUUCAUAUUUUGCAUAACUCUUUGUGGCCUGUUUUUAAUAUAGUAUUUUUCAAAACAGAUUUCAAGAAAAUCCUUCCAGUCUGAAAGUGACAUGUGCGUUUCCAAUGACCUGCCUCCCAGACCCAAGACAGUGGCGUCCUCACAGCCUCGAGGUGGUGGCUUACAAGUCAAAAGUAGUAAUGCAAGCACACGAGACAAAUCUCUCACUGCUGCUUUGAGAGCUCGAAGAGCUACAAGGUGAAAUGCCUGGUUUAAAUUAGUGUUCUUAAGUAUACGUGACACAGUGUUGGGGCCUUUAGCAUAUUAACCCCAAAAUGCGAGGACCACAGGUUCGAUUCCUGUCAGAGGCCCAUACAUAACAUCAAAACACAUAAAAAAUAUUUACAAAUAUAGUUAUUAUAAGGAUCUUAAUUAUAGUUGAUAAAAUGUUUUAGUUUGGUUUGAAAGAGUUGAAAAUUAGUAGAUUAUUUUACUUCAAUAGAUAAUGAGUUCCAUUCCCAUACAGAGUGAGAACAGGACUAUUAAAACCAGGAAUAUAAUUUUAUUACUAAAACAUUACAUUCUUAUAUUUUUGAAGGAAAAACGGUCCUCGACCAAAAGUUGACUCCUGGCUUAAGCACAACGAGUCAAGCUUUGAAAUCUCGGGCAAGAAAAUCCACGUCGAAGGCAGUUCAGAGCUCGACGAGAAGGCCGGAAAAACAUCGGAAACACAACAACAUGGAACCAUCAUUGUUCGCAGUCGCAUUCCAGGCGACUCCUCGGCUACCAAGAUCUCGACAGAAACGAAGGAUACUUCUUCGAUAAAUCUGGUUGUAGGCACAGGAUGUUUUAAGAAAGAUAAAGAAACGAGAAGCACAAAACUGGAAGAUGCAGCUCCCAUUAUAAACGAUACAAGAGAUUUAAGUGAUUCAGAUUCGGAGAUGACAGAUUUUGUUACAGCGUGGUUA